AAGAGCUACGAAAGAAACAGGAUAAGGAAUUUUUGUGAUAAAAUAAAACAAAGUGCAACACUGAGAAAGAGAAAAAGAGGGAAAUGAAUUGAAGCGAAGAACCAAUCUCAUCAAAUCAAUGGCGCCAACUUCAUUACCUCUCAAUUUGAACUUCAAGGUAACUGCCACCGCCACCAACCUCCCAGAGCUACCGGACAAAAUCCGCAACUCAAGAGUAUUGGUCCUCGGCGGAACAGGUCGUGUCGGAGGAUCAACCGCCACCGCACUCUCUAAUCUCUGCCCCGAUCUUCGGAUUAUCGUCGCCGGCCGAAACAGAGAGAAAGGUGAAGCUCUCGUUGCAAAACUCCGAGGCAAUUCAGGUUUUGCACGUGUCGAUAUCGACGAUGUCAAUUCAUUGGAAACUGCUUUGAAAGGUGUGGAUCUUGUAGUUCAUGCCGCAGGUCCUUUUCAACAGACAGAAAAAUGUAGCGUGCUUGAAGCCGCCAUUAAUACCAAGACUGCAUAUAUUGAUGUAUGUGAUGACACAGAUUAUUCACGGCGUGCGAAAUCCUUCAUGAGUAGGGCAUUAGCUGCAAAUGUUCCAGCUCUAACAACCACAGGAAUAUACCCUGGAGUGAGCAAUGUUAUGGCAGCAGAGCUAGUCCGGGUUGUAGAAAGUGAAACUGAAGAUAAGCCAGAAAGGCUAAGGUUCUACUACUACACUGCUGGAACUGGUGGGGCUGGUCCAACUAUAUUAGCCACAAGCUUCUUGCUGUUGGGAGAAGAAGUAGUUGCAUAUAACAAAGGAGAAAAGAUCAAACUGAAGCCAUAUAGUGGAAUGCUAAAGAUUGAUUUCGGAAGAGGGAUUGGCAAAAGAGAUGUUUAUCUGUUGAAUUUGCCGGAGGUUAGAAGUGCUCAUGAGAUUCUGGGAGUGCCGUCUGUAAGUGCCAGAUUUGGAACAGCACCAUUUUUCUGGAAUUGGGGAAUGGUAGCUAUGACAAAACUUCUUCCAUCGGAAUAUCUGAGAGACAGAAGCAAAGUCCAAAGGUUGGUUGAGUUGUUUGAUCCUGUUGUUCGAGCAAUGGAUGGGAUGGCUGGAGAACGUGUAUCAAUGAGGGUUGAUCUGGAAUGUUCAAGCGGACGCCAUACCGUUGGCAUUUUCAGCCACAAGAGUCUCUCUGUAUCUGUAGGAAUUUCCACCGCUGCAUUUGCACUUGCAGUUCUUGAAGGAAGCACACAGCCUGGGGUUUGGUUUCCGGAAGAGCCUCAAGGAAUUCCAAUCGAAGCAAGAGAAGUUCUUCUAAAGCGUGCUAGCCAGGGAACGAUUAACUUUGCAAUGAACAGGUCACCAUGGAUGAUUGAAACAAAUCCAAAGGAAGUUGGAUUAGGGAUAUAUGUAUGAGUUUUCCAUACCUAAUUAUAUUUCAGCAAAAUUCUUCCUAUUGUAGUGCAAGGCCGUAGGUGUAUAUAGCUCUUGAGAGUUGAGAUAUCAUUACUUUCAAUGCGUGUAUGUUAUAGCCUUUGUAUUUGUUUAACAAAAUCUUCAAAUCAUUAUUCUUAUUAUUCUCCUUAAAUUGAGAAAGAUUAAUAAUGUAAUUAAAUAGUGUGCUUGGUUAUGUGGUGAUAAAAUUCAAUUGAGUUAAUUGAUUAUGUCAA